AUGCACAAUCUUGAGAAGAAAAGAGCUGGUUUGCAGCAUAUUGUAAAACUUUAUCAGUCAAGUAUAAGACUUCCAUACAUUAAAAGUGCCCUAGAACGCUAUGAUGGAGAAUUUUCCUCGCUGAUCAAGGAAAGGUAUUGGGAUCCCCUUGAGUUAUGGACUGACGACAGUCACUUAAAUAAGUUUGUUGCUCUAGUGGAAGCUGCUGUUGACCUUGAUCAGCUUGAGAAUGGAGAGUACAUGAUAUCAUCUACUUAUGACCCUGCACUUUCUGCACUAAAAGAUGAGCAAGAGUCGCUGGAGCACCGAAUACACAAUUUGCAUAAAGAAACUGCUAAAGAUCUUGAUCUCGCUCUAGACAAGGCUUUAAAAUUAGAUAAAGGCACACAAUUUGGACAUGUCUUCAGAAUCACAAAGAAGGAAGAGCCAAAAAUAAGGAAAAAGCUCACAACGCAAUUCAUUGUUCUGGAAACCCGAAAGGAUGGAGUGAAAUUCACCAACACAAAGCUUAAAAAGUUAGGGGAUCAGUAUCAAAGAAUAGUUGAAGAGUAUAAGAAUUGUCAGAAAGAGCUGGUUGACCGAGUUGUUCAAACUACAGCAACUUUCUCUGAGGUGUUCUGGUCUGUAGCUGGGCUGCUUUCUGAAUUGGAUGUCUUACUUAGUUUUGCUGAUUUGGCUUCUAGCUGUCCUACUGCUUACACUAGGCCAAUCAUCACUCCAUCGGAUGAGGGGGAUAUUAUAUUAGAAGGGAGUAGACAUCCUUGUGUGGAGGCUCAGGACUGGGUAAAUUUUAUACCCAAUGAUUGUAAACUUGUGAGAGGAAAGAGUUGGUUCCAAAUCAUUACAGGACCCAAUAUGGGUGGAAAAUCUACAUUUAUCCGACAGGUCGGUGUGAAUAUUCUAAUGGCACAAGUUGGUUCUUUUGUUCCUUGUGACAAAGCUAGCAUUUCUAUUCGUGAUUGCGUUUUUGCUCGCGUGGGUGCUGGUGACUGCCAACUACGUGGAGUUUCUACCUUCAUGCAAGAAAUGCUUGAGACCGCAUCUAUAUUGAAAGGAGCUACAGAUAAGUCACUGAUAAUCAUCGACGAGUUAGGCCGAGGGACAUCGACUUAUGAUGGAUUCGGUUUAGCUUGGGCCAUUUGUGAGCACCUUGUUGAAGUGAUUAAAGCACCUACCUUGUUCGCAACCCAUUUUCAUGAAUUGACUGCAUUAGCUCAUGAAAAUAGUGUUCAAGAGGCCAAUAUGAAGCAAAUUGUUGGUGUAGCAAACUAUCAUGUUAGUGCACAUAUUGACUCAUCAAGCCACAAGUUGACUAUGCUGUACAAGGUUGAGCCAGGGGCUUGUGAUCAAAGUUUUGGUAUUCAGGUUGCAGAAUUCGCAAACUUUCCUGAAAGUGUUGUUUCCCUUGCUAGAGAGAAGGCUGCUGAAUUGGAGGAUUUUUCAGCUACUGGAGUUAUUCCAAAUGAUGCUAGAGAAGAGGUUGGAUCCAAGCGCAAGAGAGAGUAUGACUCUGAUGAUAUGUCUAGAGGAGCCGCUCGGGCACACGAAUUUCUGAAGGAGUUUUCUAAUUUGCCAUUGGAAACAAUGGAUUUAAAGGAGGCUUUGCAAAAGGUUAGCAAGAUGAAGGAUGACUUGCAAAAGGAUUCAUGCCCCCCACAAUUUUGUGCCUGUAUCAAGUCUGAAAUGCAACUGAUAUUGGUGUACCUUUUGCACCCUUGGUUUCUCAAUGAAAGAACACCUGUCCUCCCUCCGCGUAUGGAUAAUGGAUAUGGUGGUGGCACUGGAAACUUUAAACAUGCAUCCGAAAUUACAGGCUCCAGGAGAAAGCGAACCCAGAGAGACAGACAGACAGUGAUCGGGGUUUCUAUAUUACGCCUUAGCAGCCCACAGCCUCCUCUUCACCUUCACGCUCUUGCUCGUUCUCAAGCUCGACCGUGUCACCUCCUCCUCUUGGUGGAUAAUUUUCUUUCCACUUUGGAUAUUUCAUGCUGUUGUUGCCCGAGGAAGAUUCUCAUUACCUGCUCCAUCAGUUCCACACAGUCGUCAUUUCAUGGUUUUGCAGCUGUCAACUUGAAGGUUGUCUUUCUUCCCUUACUGGCAUUCGAAAUAAUUAUUCUAAUUGACAAUUUCAGAAUGUGUAGGGCUCUAAUGCCAGGGGAUGAUGAAAGCAUGAAUGAUGAGGCAAUAUGGGAGACACUUCCUCAUUUCUGGGUAGCAAUAUCCAUGGUUUUCUUUGUUGCUGCUACAAUCUUCACCCUGCUUAAGUUAUGCGGUGAAGUAGGUGCUCUUGGUUGGUGGGAUUUAUUUAUAAAUUUUGGAAUUGCAGAGUGCUUUUCCUUUCUUGUCUGUACAAAGUGGUCUAAUCCAGUGAUUCAUAGAAAUUCUCGCACAAGAGAAGCUACUUCAUCUUCUACAACCAUCAGAUAUCUUGACUGGAAUAGUGGUUUAGUAGUUUCAGCAGAAGAGGAUCAACAUCGAGAUAGAAUGUGUGGUCUGCAAGAUAUUGGUGGGCAUCUUAUGAAAAUUCCCGUGAUUGGUUUUCAAGUUCUCCUUUGUAUGCGCCUUGAGGGAACCCCAGCAAAUGCUAGACAUAUCCCACUUCCAGUUCUCUUCUCUCCUCUUUUUUUACUCCAAGGUGCCGGUGUACUAUUUUCUGCAUGUAGGUUGGUGGAGAAAAUUAUACUUUUGCUGCGUAGUGGGGCUGGCACCGGAAUAUAUUUUAGAAUUUCUUCCAGGGCUCACGACUGCUUUGGGUUUUUGCACCAUGGUUCCAGGCUACUGGGCUGGUGGUCAAUAGAUGAAGGAAGUCGUGAGGAACAUGCCCGACUAUUUCACGAGGGGGCUUCAGGAUACAACACUUUCUGUGGCUAUCCACCUGAGAUUGUGAAGAAAAUGCCUAAAAAGGAUCUCACUGAGGAGGUUUGGAGACUUCAAGCAGCUCUUGGUGAACAGACAGAAAUUACCAAAUAUAGCCAACAGGAGUAUGAAAGACUUCAAAAUGAAAAGGUGUUAUGUCGGGUUUGCUUUGAGGGAGAGAUCAGCGUGGUCUUGCUACCGUGUAGGCAUCGCGUCCUUUGCAGUACCUGCUGUGACAAGUGUAAAAAAUGCCCAAUAUGCCGUGUUGGUAUUGAGGAGCGCUUACCUGUGUAUGAUGUUUAG